UACCUAUGUGGAGAUGCUCUGAAGAGUAGCAGCCACCUCAGGAAUGUCAAUACAAUGACUAAAACAAAUUCUAUCACUUUCUAUUGCAUCAUUGUCUUGGGGCUUCUGCUUAUCAAAAUCAAAUUAUCUGACGAAAGUGAGCUUAUCAUUAGGAGGCCAAAAGCAAACCUCACCAGAGUGCCCAAGGACCUACCCAUGAAAACAACUAUUUUAAAUAUAUCACAAAACAAUAUAUCUGAGCUCCAGACUUCUGACAUCCUCUCUUUGUCCAAGCUGAGGGUCUUGAUAAUGUCCUACAACAGACUCCAGUAUCUUGACAUCAGUGUUUUCAAAUUCAACUUGGACCUGGAAUAUUUGGAUCUGUCCCACAAUGAGUUAAGGGUCAUCUCUUGCCACCCAGCAGUCAACCUCAAGCACUUAGACCUCUCCUUCAAUGCAUUUGAUGCCCUGCCCAUAUGCAAAGAGUUUGGCAAUAUGUCCCAACUCAAAUUUCUGGGAUUGAGUGGUUCUAAGGUGCAAAAUUCCAGUGUGCAGCCAAUUGCUCAUUCGAACAUCAGUAAAGUCUUGCUGGUUUUAGGAGACACUUACGGAGAGAGAGAAGACCCCACGUGCCUUCAGCACAUCAGCGCUGAGACCCUGCACAUUGUUUUCCCUUCGAAAGGAGAGUUUCGUUUUCUUCUGGAUGUGUCAGUGAGGACGACGGUCACUUUGGAACUGUCUAACAUCAAGUGUGUGCAUGAAGACAACGGCUGCUCUUCUUUCUUACGCGCUCUGUCAGCGCUCAGGAGGAAUCCGAAGCUGUCAAAUCUCAUCCUAAACAAUGUGGAAACAACAUGGGGCUCCUUCAUUUCUUUGCUCCAGCUGGUUUGGCAACUACCCAUCGAGCGUUUCUCAAUUUCAAACCUGAAACUGCAAGGUCACCUUGACCUCACACGUUUCCGUUAUUCCGACACUUCCCUGAAGGCUUUGUCGAUACAUCAAGUUGUCAGCGACGUGUUCAGUUUCCCGCAAAGUUACAUUUACAGUAUCUUUUCCAACAUGAACAUCCAAAACGUUACAGUAUCAGGAACACGCAUGGUCCACAUGCUGUGCCCGUCCCAACUUAGCCCAUUUCUGUAUUUGGACUUUACCGACAACCUUUUAACAGACAUAGUUUUUAAAGAUUGUAGAACCUUAAUUGAAUUGAAAACACUUAGUUUGCAAAAGAAUCAGUUAAAAACCCUUGAAAAUAUAGUUCUUAUGUCUGAGAAGAUGAUGUCUCUACAAAAUCUAGACGUCAGCCAGAAUUCUUUAAGGUACAGUGAUACGGGAAGCCAAUGCUUUUGGACUAAGAGCUUGCUGGUUUUAAAUCUUUCUUCAAAUAUGCUUACCGGCUCUGUUUUCAGGUGCUUGCCUCCCAAGGUCAAGGUCCUUGACCUUCACAACAACAAAAUAAAGGCCAUCCCUAAAGAACUCACCCACAUGGAAGCUUUGCAGGAACUCAACGUAGCAUUCAACUCUUUAGCUGACCUUCCCGGGUGCGGGGCCUUCAGCAGCCUUUCUGUGCUGGUCGUUGACCAUAAUUCAGUUUCCCACCCCUCCGAGGAGUUCUUCCAGAGCUGUCAGAAUAUUAGGUCCAUAGCAGCGGGCGACAACCCAUUCCGAUGUACAUGUGAGCUGAGAGAGUUUGUCAAAAACAUAAGCCAGCUGUCAAGAGACGCGGUGGCAGGCUGGCCUGACUCUUACACGUGUGACUACCCAGAAAGCACUAAGGGAACCCCAUUGAAGGACUUCCACCUCUCUCCACUGUCCUGUGAUGCUGUUCUGCUGACUGUCACCAUCGGGGCCAGCGUGCUGGUGUUGGCUGCCACCGUGGCUUUCCUCUGCCUCUACUUCGAUCUGCCCUGGUAUCUCAGGAUGCUUUGUCAGUGGACACAGACCCGGCACAGGGCCAGGAACAUCCCCUUAGAGGAAUUCCAGAGAAACCUGCAGUUCCAUGCUUUUGUCUCAUACAGUGGGCGUGAUUCUUCCUGGGUAAAAAGUGAAUUGCUUCCAAACCUAGAGAAGGAUGGCAUCCGGGUCUGCCUCCACGAGAGAAACUUUGUCCCUGGCAAGAGCAUUGUGGAGAACAUCAUACAUUUCAUUGAGAAGAGUUACAAGUCCAUCUUUGUGUUGUCCCCCCACUUCAUCCAGAGUGAGUGGUGCCAUUAUGAGCUCUACUUUGCCCAUCACAAUCUCUUCCACGAGGGGUCUGAUAACUUGAUCCUGAUCUUGCUGGAACCCAUCCCACAGUACUCCAUCCCUACCAACUACCACAAGCUGAAGACCCUCAUGGCACAGAGGACUUAUUUGGAAUGGCCUACAGAGAAGAGCAAACAUGGACUUUUCUGGGCAAACCUAAGAGCAGCCAUUAAUGUCAAGCUGGUUAGCCAAGCAGAAGGAACAUGUUUCAUACAGCGAUAAGACUAUUCACCCCAGGCUGGGCGUGGUGGUACACACCCUUAAUCCCAGCACUCCGGAGGCAGAGGCAGGUGGAUCGCUGUGAGUUCGAGG